AUGGUGGGUCUCGACGCCGAUAUGACCAGAGAUGAAGACUGUGACAACAUUGGCUUAGGAUGUGCACUGGAACAGUUUUCGGAGGUCGAAGAAGUACUCAACAUGAUCGACAAUGUUAAAAAUAUAUAUAACACCCCUACCUUUGAAGCUGAAUAUGAUAAAUUAUACAAUAUUCUCAAACAAUAUUAUGAACAGCCCCAUCUCCUUGAUCCACACUUAGAUAAGAUUUUGGCCAAAUUUAUGGGAAUUAUCAAGGAUAAAAGUUCACAGCCUGAACUCAAACAUGCCACAUUUAAUUACAUGUAUCAAAUAAUUAGAGUGCGUGGAUAUAAGGUGGUGGUUAGACAUCUGCCUCAUGAGGUGUCAGACCUUUUGACUGUUCUUACAUUCCUUGAAGCACAAAAUCCAAAUGAGAAAGACACAUGGAGAGGAAGAUUUGUAUUAUUACUUUGGCUAUCAAUAGUUGUCAUAAUUCCUUUCCACAUGAGCCGUUUGGAUGGAUUUGCUCCAGAACAACCUGGUGCUGGUUCAUCAAAAAAAUUGACUGUUAUGGAUAGAAUUUUCAAUAUCUGCAAAACAUAUGCUUUGAGUAAGGAUACUUGUGCUGAAGCAAGUGCCUACUUAGCAUCAAAGUUUCUGAUAAGGUCGGAUGUAAAGGAAUUAUACAUGGGUGCAUUUUUUAAUUGGGCCUGUGACUUACAUUCCAAUAUUCAAGAAGAAAAUACUAUCCACUAUGGAGUUCUAGCAGCCGUAGCAGCAGUAUUAAAGCAUGGCAAGCGAGAUGAUCUAUUACCAUUUGCACCCAAACUUUUGGAGUGGGUUACUACUCAAAACUAUAAGAACCAUAAAGCUAUUCUUGUGAGAAAGUAUGGUGUUAAAAUUGUGCAGAGAAUAGGAUUGACAUUCUUACGUCCUCGUGUAGCAGCGUGGCGAUACACUCGCGGCUCCCGGUCGCUAGCAGUCACUCUUGGUGGUGUUGCUGCAGCUGGUGACACAGAACCCAUCACUUCCCUACCUGAUGAUGAUGAUCAAGACAUACCACAGGAGGUCGAGGAUGUUGUAGAGCUUCUUCUCUGUUCCUUGCGGGAUGACGAUACAGUGGUUCGGUGGUCGGCUGCGAAAGGUGUCGGUCGUAUUGGGGCGCGGUUGCCUGCCCUCGCUGCCGCUGAUGUUUGCGAGAGCGUGCUGACGCUGUUCGCAGAGCAUGAACGAGAUACCGCUUGGCAUGGGGGAUGCAUGGCGUUAGCCGAAUUAGCUCGCCGCGGUCUUCUUUCACCUCAGCAAUUGAGUUCUGCAGUGCGGUGCGCCGUUCGGGCACUAUCUCGUGAUGAAGUUCGUGCUGGGGGCGGAGCUGGAGGUGCGCGAGCGGCGCGUGACUCCGCAUGCCAUGCCGCGUGGGCCUUCGCCAGGGCAUAUGAUGCGCAGGCGCUCGCGCCUCACGCAGACGCACUAGCUAACGCGCUCAUUGCCACUGCGUGUUUUGAUCGAGAGAUAAAUUGUCGUCGCGCUGCAGCGGCCGCAUACCAAGAGAACGUGGGCCGCCACGGCAUGUUCCCCCACGGCAUAAACGUGUUGACCACAGCGGACUUCCACUCAGUGGGCCCUAGGCACAACUCAUACCUCGUAGUCGCGCCACAAAUAGCUGCCUACCCGGAAUACACACAGCCCCUUAUCGACCAUCUAGUUGAUCUGAAAGUGGAGCACUGGGAUUUUGCUAUACGAGAAUUGGCGGCUAAGGCUCUCUACAAAUUAACUGAUAAGAUUCCAGAUUAUAUGGCAACUAUUGUUCUUCCGAAAUUAGUUCAGAAGACCGAGUCCAUCGACUUGAAUGUACGCCACGGAGCUAUAUUAGCUAUCGGCGAAGUUAUUUACGCUUUAUCACAGGCAAAAUUGCCAAACGGUCAAAAAGCGGACACACUUAUUAGUGAGGACGUAUCUUCUUGCGUACGGUCCUUAGUUGGUCGACUGGCGUCAAGGCAACAGUUCCGUGGUCUAGGCGGAGAGUUGAUGCGACAAGCGUGCUGCCACUGCAUUGCUAAACUCAGUCUUGCGCAUGCGCCGUAUCACCAAGACCCGACUAUAGAUGAAUGGCUGAAUCUAAUUGAAGAAUGCCUCUCACACGAAGUUCAAGUGAUCCGAGAGAAAGCCAUCGAAGCGAUGCCGCUUGUGUUUGAAGUGUAUUUACAAAAUGAUGAUUUGGUUUAUGAUGGUGUGAAGGCGAAGGAAAAACGCGCGCAUCUGAUGGAGAAGUAUUGUGAACAACUCUCUAAUGCUGGAGUGAAUGGAUUGUUGUUCAGAAUGGGGUAUGCGCGGGCAGUAGGUUCCCUUCCAAAAUUCGUUUUAAGUGAACACCUACCAAACGUCAUCCGAUCACUAAUAGAAUGUACAAAGGUAACAGAAGGCACUACCAAAUGGGCUGAAGCCCGCCGUGAUGCAGUGGUGGGUCUCACGGAGGUCUGUCAGACUAUGGGAAUUGUGGGAGGGGUUGAAGGACAUAUUAGGGAUGUUGUGAAGGCUUUGCUUGAUUGUCUCGCUGAAUACACCACCGAUAUGAGAGGUGACGUCGGUGCUUGGGUACGCGAGGCUAGUAUGAGUGGUCUCCUAUCAAUUUGUCGCCAGUGCGCGAUAGAAGCGCCUCAAUUCAACGACUCUGAAGUUAUUAGCGCAGUGAUGUGUGGCGUGGCACAGCAAGCUGUCGAGAAAAUAGACAGAACGCGUGCCCAUGCUGGAAGGAUUUUCACUUCGCUCAUUUAUAACGAACCUCCGGUCAGUAACAUACCUCAUCACGAUGCGUUAAAACGUAUCUUUCCAUCCGAUGAAGUGGAGAUAAAGCCACAAAGGCAGGAGGAGGAGGAACAACUGACAAGCGAAAACUCCAACGUGGUGCUGUGGCUAUUCCCUGGACACACGAUGCCGAGAUUCGUCCAACUCCUGAACUACCCAGCUUAUAGAUAUCACAUUAUUAAGGGCUUGGUUGUAAGUGCUGGGGAAAUUACAGAAAGCUUGGUAAAGCACACGACCCAAUCUCUGUUCUCAUACCUGAACUCGCUGCACGAAGAUCUGGAGACGCUGAAGAGCAUCUGCGACACAAUCAUACAAGUUUUCCGUGAUAAUUUGCACGUGAAGCGUAUAACUGGGCCCAUAUUCAACUUUCUUGACAGACUGCUAAGUUCAGGCUCCAUCUCUCCAAUUCUCGAAAAUAAAGAGUCCACCUUUGCCAUGGAUGUCUUGAAACAUUUGAAGCUGGAAUUAAAAGGAGGCAAAAACAUCUACAAACUUCUGGAUUCUAUUAACGUGCUUUGUCAGUUAAUUCAGGUCGGUGGUGUGGUCGCAGCACAAUCUUUAGGCCCGCUAGUUAUAUAUCUAUGUUAUGCGGAACGGUACGUGCGUCGUUGCGCCGCUGCGAGACUCUACGAAGCACUCACGCUGUACGGGGACGUGUGCGAUCUACCUGCUGAUAACCUCGAUCAGGUAAUGUCAAUCCUUGCUGACACGGACUGGGAAAAAGAUGUCAAUGAAUUGAGGCCAAUAAGGAAUGAAAUUUGUGAUCUGAUGGGGAUCGAACGACCGGUUAUGAAGCAGAAAGCACCUUAG